GCCGUGCCAGUGUUUCUUUCCGAAAUUGCUCCUUCAAGAAUACGUGGAGCAUUGAAUAUACUUUUCCAACUUAAUGUCACUAUUGGCAUUUUGUUUGCUAACCUUGUCAACUAUGGAACCAACAAAAUCAAAGGUGGAUGGGGUUGGAGGCUAUCUCUAGGGUUGGCUGGUAUCCCAGCACUUCUCCUAACACUUGGUGCCAUCUUGGUUGUGGACACUCCCAACAGUCUCAUAGAACGUGGUCGUACGGAAGAAGGAAAAGCGGUACUCAAAAAGAUCCGUGGCAUCGAUAAUGUUGAACCAGAGUUCUUGGAGCUUGUUGAGGCAAGUCGUAUAGCUAAAGAGGUUAAACACCCCUUUAGAAAUCUUCUUAAACGCAAAAACCGUCCUCAACUUGUCAUUUCGGUCGCCUUGCAAGUAUGUACCGAUAUUCCAGCAAUUCACAGGCAUCAACGCGAUCAUGUUUUAUGCGCCGGUGUUAUUCAACACAUUGGGAUUCAAGAAUGAUGCCUCCCUUUAUUCCGCUGUGAUAACCGGUGCUGUGAAUGUGCUCUCCACAAUUGUAUCUAUCUACUCAGUGGACAAAGUUGGACGCCGUAUGUUGCUGUUGGAAGCCGGUGUACAAAUGUUCUUGUCUCAAGUCGUGAUAGCUAUCAUUUUGGGGAUCAAGGUCACAGAUCAUUCGGAUAACCUUUCGAAAGGUUAUGCAAUAUUCGUAGUUAUCAUGGUUUGCAUUUAUGUUUCUGCUUUAGCUUGGUCUAUAGGUCCUCUUGGAUGGCUUAUUCCAAGUGAGACAUUUCCAUUGGAGACCCGUUUAGCCGGACAAAGUGUCACUGUUUGUGUCAAUUUGCUCUUCACCUUUGUUAUUGCACAAGCUUUUCUAUCCAUGUUAUGUCAUUUCAAGUUUGGCAUCUUCUUGUUCUUCUCUGGUUGGGUUUUCAUGAUGUCAAUCUUUGUGUUUUUCUUGGUGCCCGAGACGAAGAACAUACCAAUUGAAGAGAUGAUUGAAAGAGUAUGGAAGCAACAUUGGUUUUGGAAGAGGUUUAUUGAAGAUGAUCAUGACAAUGAGAAAAUAGAAAAUGCUGAUAAUUGUAACUUUUUGUUUUAAUUUGUGCAAUUUUGGUCCUGCCCGUCUAAAUUGAAGCACAAUUUAAACUGCGUCGGUCUAUUACCGCGUUA